UUGUCUCCAAAAGUCUCCAAACAUUCCACAUGUCCCAUUUCCAUUAGUUUUGGCAUUUGUUCACAUGCAUGUUCAGAUUCGGUCGUUUCUCAAUUGCCACAAUUGAAUCGGGUGGACGACAGUCCGUUGUGUGUUCUGCCAUUCGGUGUGCAUGCGUUCGGUAGAGGUUGUUUUUUAAUUUCAAUAAAUUGUGCGGAUAGUUAUUCAUAAAUAUCGUAAAAUCCCUUUGAUCGAAUAUCACGAGAUAGUACAUUGAAUAUCGGUGCUAAAAAGGGAAACGGACGACCUAAAUAUCGUGCUAGAAUGGCCCCAGAACCGGAGAUAGAUACGAAGUCGGCAGCGGCAAUUGAUUCCAACCAGCAACAGUCGCAACGAAAGGAUGAGACUGCAUCGAAUUCUGCAGCCAAUGGAGCCGGCACCGCCGACUCAGGAGGCAAGAAAAAAGGAGCCGGCAAGAAAAACAAAGCAAAUGGAAAGGAAACAACACCCGAAUUAUCAACUACAUGCAAUGGAGAAAUGAAAAAGUCAGACGAAGCCAAAGAAAACUCCGAAUGCCAGAAUGGACAAAAAACAGACGAUGAAAGUGAAAAUAAGGACAAAGAGAAAACCACAACGGAUGAUGAUUCAUUGGAUGCCUUGCAAGAAGGCAUUACUAUUCACAUUCAAAGUCCUGGGGCGGAAAUGUUGUCAAUUCAAGUGUCGAGCAUGGAAAUGGUCCAAGAAAUACACCAAUUGCUAAUGGAUCGCGAGGAUACAUGCCACCGAACAUGCUUUUCAUUACAGCUUGACGGUGUUACUUUGGACAAUUUCGCGGAAUUGAAGAACAUUGAAGGAUUGAAAGAUGGUUCGAUUAUUAAAGUAGUCGAAGAGCCGUACACGAUGCGGGAAGCUCGUAUACAUGUUCGUCACGUUCGCGAUCUCCUCAAGUCAAUGGAUCCCGCUGAUGCGUAUAAUGGGGUCGAUUGCAAUUCCUUAACAUUUUUGCAAACAAUUACAAACGGAGAUCUUGAUAAGAAGAAAAGUCGACCUGAUUGUGUUGAUUGCACCCCACCAGAGUAUAUCAUGCCAAUGGCAAAGGACCGACCUCUGUUACCAUUGCAACCUGGAGCCAAAAACGUUAAAGGACCUCAAGCCCUAAAAGUUCUAACUACUUCACCGUGGAAUCCACCUCCAGGACAUCGUAAAUUGCAUGGUGAUUUGAUGUAUUUAACGGUUGUCACGAUGGAGGACAAACGAUUUCAUAUUUCUGCAUGUCCGAAAGGUUUUUAUAUAAACCAAUCGACUGACGAGGUUUUCAAUCCAAAGCCAGAUAUUCCUAGCCAUUUAUGCCAUUCGUUGAUCGAUCUACUAUCUCAAAUUUCACCCACUUUCAAGCGAUGUUUCGCUCAAAUGCAAAAGAAACGGACAUUGCGACAUGCAUUUGAACGUGUUGCCACUCCUUAUCAAGUGUACACAUGGGCAGCACCUCAACUAGAACACACAAUCGACGCGAUUCGAGCUGAAGAUGCAUUUUCGUCAAAAUUGGGCUACGAGGAACAUAUCCCAGGCCAGACGAGGGACUGGAACGAAGAACUCCAAACGACAAGAGAACUGCCAAGAAAGAACUUGCCUGAAAGACUCCUGAGGGAACGAGCUAUUUUCAAAGUUCAUGGAGAUUUUGUUAUAGCUGCGACCAGGGGAGCGAUGGCGGUUAUAGACGGAAAUGUGUUGGCUAUAAAUCCGGGCGAAGAUGCAAAAAUGCAAAUGUUCAUUUGGAACAAUAUAUUCUUCUCACUAGGCUUUGAUGUUCGUGACCAUUACAAAGAACUGGGCGGAGACGUCGCAGCUUUCGUUGCACCACGGAAUGAUUUGAAUGGAGUUCGUGUUUAUAGUGCCGUUGAUGUCGAGGGCCUGUAUACAUUAGGAACUGUAGUGAUAGAUUAUCGUGGCUACCGCGUGACAGCACAAUCCAUUAUUCCUGGUAUUCUUGAACGGGAGCAGGAACAAUCGGUUGUGUACGGUUCCAUUGAUUUCGGCAAAACGGUCCUUAGUCACCCAAAGUAUUUGGAAUUACUCACACAAGCUGGUCAACAAUUGAAGAUAAUGUCGCACUCCGUAAUCAAUGAAAAGGAUGAAGAAGUUGAAUUGUGCUCAUCCGUUGAAUGCAAGGGAAUCAUUGGCAACGAUGGACGACAUUACAUUCUUGAUCUGCUAAGAACCUUCCCUCCUGAUGUUAAUUUCCUGAAACUGGCUGACGUUGAACUUGGAAAGGAAGUGAAAAGCCUCGGUUUUCCUAUUGAACACAAACACAAAUUGUGCUGCUUGAGACAAGAAUUGCUCGAAGCCUUUGUGGAAGACCGUUAUGUCAUGUUCAUUAAAUAUGCCGCACAUCAUUUGCAACAAAUCAAUGCGUUGAAGAAGCAGAAGGAGGGGGCACCUGCCAUUGAAGAUGGCCAAAAUAAGGAAAGUGAUUCCACAAAACCAGAAGAUAAGAAAUCUACAGAAAAGGAACAAGUAGAUGUGAAAAAAGAAAAGAUCAACUCAGAAUUGCAAUCCGAUGAACAAGAAAAAGAGAAGACUGAUAUUCCAGAAAAAUCAACCACCGCCAAUGAUGAUAAAGUCGAUACUGAAGAAGCUAAGAAACUUACCGAGACGAUUAAUGAGAAAAAUGCACAUGACGAAAAGCAGGCAGCCGAUGUUGUUAAACGAGCAUGUGCCGCCGUAGGCUCGUUGAAGGAAUACGAGUUUGAUUUCCGCUUUAAUCCUGAUGUUUUCUCACCGGGAAUUAAACACGUUGACAAGUUAGAUACGCCUUACUCACUGAAGAAACAGAAGCAGUUGGUGAUUGAUGCGGCGGAAUUUUUGGUUACGCGGCAGAUUCCAAGCUUCGUGCAUGAAUAUCUGGAUCAUUCAUCGGCGCCGAUGGAUGGAACUACACUAACUGAAGCAUUACACAAUCGCGGUAUUAAUAUAAGAUAUUUAGGAAAGGUCGUGCAAUUGUUAGCUAAAAUAAAGUCACUUGAUUAUCUCCAUCAAAUCGCGGUCCAAGAACUUAUCCUGCGAGCCACAAAACACAUUUAUUACACAUACAUGCAGAAUACCGAAAUGAUGAGCUUAGCGGCAGCGAUAAGUCAUUUCCUCAAUUGCUUCCUAACAUCUGGACCCGUGCCGACCCCGCAGGCGGGAUCUGAUGAUCUACAAAAAUCUAAUAAACGUAGGAAUAAGCGAAAGGGCAAGAAUGCCUUAUUUGGUAGUGAUAACAAUGAAUGGACUCUAGUAACACAAAAGUCACUGUGGCAGCAAAUAAAAAAAGAGAUAAAAUCAUACUGGGACUAUGAUUUAGGCUGUGAUAGCAUUGAGGCAGUGAUUGAAACGUAUAAGUUGCAACGUAUCAGCAUGCUUCGUGCCUUUUGCCUGAAAGUCGGUAUUCAAAUUCUACUACGAGAAUAUAAUUUCGAAUCACGCAACAAACCUACAUUCAGUGAUGAGGAUAUAGUAAACGUUUUCCCAAUAGUCAAGCACAUUAAUCCUAGAGCUUCCGACGCAUACAAUUUUUACACAACGGGACAGACGAAAAUUCAACAAGGAUUCUUCAAAGAGGGCUAUGAGCUGAUUAGCGAAGCUCUGAACUUGUUGAAUAAUGUCUUUGGUGCCAUGCAUCCGGAAAAUGCUCAAUGUCUUCGUAUGUUAGCGCGUUUAAGCUAUAUUAUGGGUGAUCCGCAAGAAGCGUUAGCAAUCCAACAGCGCGCCGUUCUUAUGAGCGAACGCGUUAACGGAAUUGACCACCCAUGCACUAUUAUGGAAUAUUCGCAUCUUGCUUUGUACAGCUUCGCCAAUGGACAAAUAAGUAGAUCAUUAAAACUCCUGUACAGGGCAAGGUAUCUGGCAUUGGUAAUUUGUGGAGAAAACCAUCCAGAGAUCGCACUGUUGGACAGCAACAUUAGUUUGAUACUCCACGCUGUCGGCGAAUAUGAACUUUCUCUCCGGUUCCUCGAGCAUGCUCUCGCCCUUAAUAUUAAAUACUUUGGUAAAAAAUCACUUAAGGUGGCUGUAAGUUAUCAUUUAAUUGCGCGAACUCAAAGUUGCAUGGGUGAUUUCCGAUCGGCACUUAACAAUGAAAAGGAAACUUAUGCUAUUUACAAGCAACAGUUGGGUGAAACUCACGAAAAGACACAAGAAUCUUCUGAGUGCUUGCGGGUACUAACACAGCAGGCUGUAUUCUUACAGAAGAAGAUGAACGAUAUCUAUUCGAAUGGAAAAUUAACAACGAGUCUGCCACCAAUUCACAUCCAACCGCCAACCAUGGGUUCAGUGCUCGAUAUGCUUAAUGCCAUUAAUGGAAUUUUAUUUGUUCAAAUUAGUCCUAAGGAUAUUGCUAAGCUAAGAAACGAAAUUGAAAAACACCAAAAAGAUGGCAGCAAUAACAAUCCAACAGAAAACGGCGACGAAACUGCCGCAACCCCAGAUUCGGUGGACAAAAAGACUGACGCAAAUCCAAACAACAACACCGAAAAAGUAGCAACCAACGGAACAAGUAAAUUGGAGGCAAUUGGAAGUUCCUUGAAAGAGCAGCCCCAGCCCAUUGAAACAGCCACAGCCGCAAGUUGAAUACCGCAACCUUGUCAGAAGCCAGUAGACUAGAAUUUCAUAAAAAUACACAAUAGGUGCUGGCACUAUUUGAACAUACAAAAAAAAAUUUUCCGUCGUAGAGAAAAGAGGGCGAGUGAUGAAAUGUUAUCUAUUGUGUAUUAUUACGAAAAAAAAAUCAUCGUUUGCAUUAUCUUUUUAAAGUCAUGUUAAGUAAUAAAUUUAGUUUAAAAAAAAGUAAAUGGCAUAAAUAAGAAAUCAUAAUGAAAUUGUCAGAAUUGUGCAUCGUCGUAAAAUGAAGCUCAUGUGUGCUAACGAAAACAAUAAAUGUGCCUCUUUUUGAAGAUUACAAAAUGUACGUAUACAGCUGGGCAUAAUAAAUAAUUUGAAAAUUUGUUCAGGCGUAAGAUUUAAAGGUUUCGAAACAAAUGCAGGCAAUUGUGAAGGAUUUAGGUUAAUCCACAGAAUUUUUUUUACAAAAACAGUGCAAUAAAACGCUUGUGAUGAGAUAUUCUUCCACAAGAGAAAAUUUCUUGCAGCAGUGUCAGGCCUUGUUACAGUUGAUCCAAAAUAUGAUUAUGUGAUAAAUUUAUCUAUUUGUAAUCAACUUAUUGUUAGUAGUUGUAUUUCUAGUGCCAUCUCUCAUUUUUUCCUAUAGUCAUACGACCGUAUCGUUAGGUUUAGUACCCACAUUGAAUCACCAAAACCAUUUCGCAAGCAAUUCCUUGAAUUUAUUUACAGCAUAAUAGCCUGAUUGUCUAUUGUUUUUGGCUGUUAUGAUCACAUGGGAGUAAGUUCAUGGUUUUAAAGUGGCCCAUUUUUUCACUGAAGCAGGCUGCGACUGGAUCUAAACUGCCUCCACUUUCUGGGUCCUCUUGCAGUUGUUCUUGUGAAUGAUGGGUUCGUAAUGCUUAGAAUGGUCCAACUUUCUCAAAUCCACAAAAAAGAAUAAGUUUACGCUAUCCCUCUCUCUUUAUAAUGGAAAUAUAACCAAUCUAAUAAGUUGUCAGAAAUAGAAUCCUUUUAUAUUAUGAAAUUGAUCAACCUUGACGCUCACAUAACAGUGCAUACGUACUAUUGUAAUUUUUAUUUUACACUACUUAGCGAAUUUCACAAGUUUGACUUCUUUUGCAGCAAGGGCCCUAUAACCAAGGCUCAAUGACUACCGAAAAUAGGCUUAAGUGAGUCAAAUGCACAUUUACCACAUAAUACUUGAACGUAUAUUUUUGUUGUUUCUUGUUUUUUAUUAUACAUGUUAAAGCGAAUAUUGAUGAGCCUAAUAGUGUUCAUCAUAUAUAUAUACAUACAAAUAUCAUUUUUUUUGUAUCCAAACCUACCAUACAUCAAUAAUAUCAAGAAAAAAAAACCAAAUGAAAGAGUUAUUCGAAUUGCAAAUGAUAAGAGUGUGUUGGGAUGAAGUUUUGUAAAGUGAACAAUAAUGAUUACGAAUCGUUAUUGAACGAUGGAAAAAAAUCAUGUAGUCAAUAUAGAAUAUUAUGUAGUUGUUGCAAAUGUAGAUAGCAUUUAGAUUUUAUUAAUAAAAAAUUGAAGAAAAUCACUAGUUGUGAAA